AUGAAAAUCAGACUCCAUAAUUAUAUCAAUAGUUUAGAUUUCAAUAGUUAUCAAAAAGAAUAUGAAAGACAAAAGAAUGAUACAACACCAUUCGAAAUACCACCAGAUGACUUGUUUUCAUCGCAAUCUCUAAAUUUAAAAGAUAAAUUGUCGUCGUCGAAAAGAGACAAACCUCAACUGCAGAGUCAGAGUUCGGCAAAGGAUUUGCUAUCGAUGUCCGGUGCAUCGUCGGCCAAUUCAUCGUAUCCGUCGACACCCAACAGUAAGGAGCGAUCUCCUUUCACCACACCCAACCUAAAAAGCAGUAAUGCAACGACAUCGCCAACUGUCAAUGGCUUGCCUUGGAAUCAAGAGUUGCUUUCGAUGCCACUGCAAGCACCUCCACCCGCCAGACGUGGACCUGGUCGUCCAAAGAAAGAGUAUCUCGAGCAACAACGACUCUAUGACGAGCAACAAGCAAUGAUUGCACACAUUAAAGCUAGUCCAAUCAUGCAUGAAUCAUUGAAAAUGUCUAUUCCUGCGCUUGCUGCCAUCUCCUCUGGCUCAAGAGAAGACGGUCAAAGUCAACACUCACCACCUUCAAAGAAACCAUCGCCAAGAAAGAAGAAAUACGAUGACGAUGACGAUGACGAAGAGGAUGACGACGACGACGAUGACGAGGAAGACGAUGUCGAUGAAGAGAGAGAAGAUGGCGAGGACGAAGGUGAAUCCGGAAAAGAAGAAGACGACGAUAUCGAUGAGGAUGGUGAGAGUGGUGACGAUAGCGGUGAAGAAGAUGGAUCAACCAAGCCAACACCGCCAGCAAAGAAAAGAAGAGGUAGACCACCUAGAGUCUACAGGGUUAAGAGAGUACACCAAGACGGUAGUGAAUCGGAUUCAGAGGAGGAUUCAGAGGAAUAUGAUAACGAGUCGGAGGAUGACGAUGAUUUCGAUAGUGAUGAAGAUAAAUCAAAGAAAUCAAAUAACAACAACAAUAAUAAGAGAAAGCGUGAAAUACCAAAGAGUGUUGCGACAUCUGUGAAUUCGGCGCCAAAGAGUCAACCACCAAUACCGGCAACAGCACCUUCAAAGUCACCUGCAAUGACACCGACUCCACCAAUCACUACAACUACCACUACAAGAAGAGCGGCAGCAGCAGCAGCAGCGGCAGCAGCAACAGGUACCACCACACCAGCCGUCACACCACAGAAAGAGACAGCGGUCACCCCAAAUAACAAACAACAAAACAACUCAAAAGAAACACCAAACAAAAAAGAAACAAACAAUGAAAAGACAGAAGUAGUUGAAGAAGAUUCAACUAUGAAUUCACCCGAUAAACAAGAUGUUACUGUAAUUGAAAAGAGAAAAGUUGGUAGACCACGUAAAUAUCCAAGACCAAAUGAAGAAACACCAACUAAAUAA